AUGACCGCCUCAACACCCAACCUCAAGCCGGCGGGGUACGGAACCGCCUCUUCGUCCUCCUCUGGCUCAUCCACCCCCCAACCAUCACGCUCUCCCAAGCAGAACAUCGCCCCCGUCAGCAUCAUCAAUAAUACCGACGUCGAGUCCCCUCUCCUAUCCCCCAAAUCCAAUAAUCCCCUCUUAUCCAACCCCCAGAGCCUCAGCCAAGAGCACCAGAUUGAGUCCAGAUCCCUCCAAAAGGGCCUCUCCCAACGCCAUCUCUCCAUGCUGGGAAUAGCAGGGUCCAUCGGCACCGGUCUCUUCCUCGGCCUUGGCGGGGCAGUUUCUACGGGUGGUCCUCUCGGUGCACUGCUAGGCUAUGCAGUCAUCGCACUAGUCGUCUGCUCCGUGCAGUUUGCCCUGGGAGAGGUCACUGCUUUGAUGCCUGUCACCGGAUCAUUCGUCAGACACGCCGAGGUGCUGGUUGAUCCAGCCAUGGGGUUUGCUAUUGGGUGGAACUUGGUUUACGGCAAUCUGUUGAGUAUACCUUCUGAAAUUGUGGCGGUUUGUGUGCUGGUCAAGUUUUGGACGGGGGAUGGGCUGAACCCGGCGGCGGUGAUCUUGCCGUUUAUCGCACUCACGGGUGGGAUAGGGAUGGCUUUUGUGAGGGUGUUUGGUGAGGUGGAGUUUGUGUUUGCCUUGUUGAAGAUCUUGCUGGUUGUCUUUUUGAUUGUGUUGGGGUUGGUGAUCAAUUUGGGGGGAGUGCCUGGGACUGGGGUGAUUGGGUUCAGAUAUUGGCGUGAUCCGGGUCCGUUUGUGGAGUAUAUUGCUCAAGGAGACUGGGGGAGGUUUCUCGGCUUCUGGGCAGUGAUGACCGGGGCGGUGUUCAGUUUUGCGGGGGUGGAGUCUUUGGCUAUGGCUGCCGCUGAGACGAGAAACCCGAGAGAGGCUAUUCCCAAGGCUGUGAAGAGGGUCUUUGCGAGGAUUGUCAUCUUCUAUGGUCUGGCGGUGUUUGUGGUGGGCUUGUUGGUGCCUAGCAAUGAUGAGAGGCUGAAGGGGAGUGGUGAUACCGUGGCACAGAGUCCGUUUGUGCUUGCGGCCGCAGCAGCUGGGAUCAAGGGGAUCCCGAGCUUGGUGAAUGCCAUUGUGAUCGCGUCGGCCUGGUCAGCGGCGAAUCAGAGUUUGCUGGCGGGCACGAGGGUGUUGUAUGGAUUGGCACUGAAGGGACAAGCACCGAAUAUCUUUUUGAGGACCACGUCCUGGGGCACACCAUAUAUGUGUGUCUUGUUGUUCACGGUCUUCAUGUUUUUGAGCUUCUUGAGCCUGUCCGAGAACGCCAUUAGGGUGUUCUGGUGGCUGGUCAUGCUGACGGCAGCCGGGGUGUUGGUCUCUUGGAGUUCCAUUCUGCUGAACCACAUCCGGCUUCUCAAGGCUAUCAAGAAGCAAGGCAUUUCGACCGACAGACUGCCGUGGCACAAUUGGUGGACGGAGUACACAUCCCCAGUCGGGCUUGUCAUGUGCCUCGUCAUUUUGUUCACGAGCGGCUUCAGUGUCUUCACCACGGGCCGCUGGGACGCCGCCAAGUUUGUGUCGUCGUACCUUGACAUUCCCAUUGUCCUAGCUGCUUACCUGGGCUGGAAGUUCUUCCGCAAGACCUCGAUCACUCCUCUCGAUCAAAUACCCCUUGAAGAAGCGUUUGAACAGGCUGAGGAGAACCUCUCGGUACAAACCCAAGGUUUCCAGCCAACAAAGAAGACUAGAGGCUGGACAAGGUUCAUCAGCUGGAUAUGGGACUAGUAUCUACUGUCUACCACUCUUUUUCUCGUUAUCAUCGUUAUCUUGUAUGCAUUUGCCUGUUAUCGGCAAGGUGGAAUUGUUUCUCGAGCAAUUGUGUUGGAAUCGAAGCAUUGCUAAGGUUCGCAACUGUUACGGGGCUGGUCAAUUGUCCGAAUAGUAGCACUGUCAUUUUUUGGCGUUGUUCUUUCAGAUCAUUGACUAGUGUUCGAAGCGUUGUCAACCUGGAAAUGCUUUAAUUGCAGCGAAAUUGGUCGAGGAGCGGCUGCCGGGCAUGGAGGGAAUGACUGGUACUGCAAAUCAGAAGCCCACUUGAUCUACUGCACUGUAUCUAUCUUUUAUUGUCGUUGAAGAGUAUUCUGACAAGAUUCUACCUCAUUCGGCGUGUGUGUGUGUGAGUCACGUUUAUUAGCCGAAGGCCACCCAGCAGCGACC